AAUCCAUCCAUCCGUCAACAAAGUAGGGAAAAUCCUGGGAUCAGCGUUCUUCAUCUGUUCACUUCAAGACGAGACGAUCAGCAAGUAUGGAGUCUCCCGGCUCUCAAGCAUCCUCGUCUUUGUCUUCUGGAAACGUGCUAACCGCAUCACACCCAUCCACAUCCGCCAGUGGCGGAAAGCCAGACAGAUUGUUCGUCGGCAACCUCUCGCCAACCGUCGACGAAUACACCCUCAUCCAGGUAUUCUCAAAGUACGGCAAGAUCACCAAGCUGGAUUUCAUGUUUCACAAGAGCGGAGUACUGAAAGGCAAGCCGAGGGGAUAUGCGUUCUUGGAAUUCAGCAACAAAGAUGACGCUCUGAGAGCGAUGGUCAAACUUCACGAUCGACUCUUGAGAGGCCGAAAACUCGUUGUCACAUAUGCAAACUCGGCGCCCAUUAACGACUUGCCGCUCAUCACUAAAGGCCGUCGUCCAACCGAUGCUCCAAAAACUACCACCCUUUCCUUACUGAAGUCAAAUCGCCGUCCACAGAAUGCCGCCGCUCAAAUCGCUGCUAUGGAAGCCAAACUAGCCACUAUGGCUAAGACCAAACCUGCCGAUGAAGACUACGUCCCUGGGUUCAAUCAGUACCCACUUGGGCACGCAAUCGCAGGAUCAGCAUCUCCUCACUCUGGCACGGAGAUUAUGGAAGAAGAUGCUAUUGGUGAAGUAGCGGGCAUGUUGGCGGCAGAUGAUCUUCAGAGAGAAUUAGAAGCUGAGCUCAACACACAGCCGCCGUGUAGCGGCAGCACAGACGAUCCGAGGAGCUCACAGUCGCCACGAAGUCCGGCGCAUGAUCAACGAUCAACUCAGUCCCCAGCACCACCGGCUACACAACCUGCGAUGCCGAAGCUCGUUCCUGGCGCCGGCCUACCUUCACGCCCACCCACGAUAUCAAAUGCCACUGCAUCCGCUUCGAAUGUCAAUAGAUCUCAGGCGAGAUCGGAGGAGAUCAAACGAGGUCUAGCUGGCCUGCCCAAGAAGCCAGUGUUUUAAUGACUGUGUUGCUCCCCUCUCCGGAGGCUUCAGUCCUGGGCUCUUUGUUGUGGCGUGUCUAUAGAAGGCGCAUGAAUCGAGCUUGUACG